UAGUCCUGGUGCGAGCUGCGCAGUUCAACUGCGCAGAAUCAAUCCGAAAGCACCUUUGAAGUUUACAGUCCUGUUCGGCUUCUUUCAAGACCGAAAAACUAGAGCAGAGUUUAGGCAUAUGUUUUGUGACAUAAUGAACAUAAGUAAAUAACAAUAAUUUUAACAGCCUACUAAUUCGACUGACAGUGCUAUAUUAAAUUAAAAUGAAAUGACAUUUUAAGUAAAGCAGCUUAUAAGUCAUCCUAGUAACAGAGCUUUACUAGAAAACAAAGGGUUUGUACUAUGCGACAAUUCGGAAGUGUUUUAAAAGUCAAAAUCGUUUUGUUGAUCCUGUUUCUUCUUUCUUUUAUCACACCAUUGAUCUAUGUAUGGUUAAUUGAAGAUAGGAUUGUGAUCCCUAUGCAAGUUCAUAAGGAUUUUGAACGAAGUGUGAAUAAAGUUGUAUUGGACAGAACAGAAAGCAGGAAUGAAGCCCAGUUUGACACUUGCCCUGUUUUUAAACUGGACCCCAGCAUCAAUGCACCCGACAAAGAAGCAGUGAAGUGUCGCAGAGCAGACUUCAUACCGGGGUCUUGCAACUUGAUGAAAAAACUAUUCACCGACAGGCCUGCAAACUGUUCUCAAAAACACCCGGACAUUAUUUGUGCCAUUAAUAAAUACAAUCCAAGUAACCCCAGAGUUACAUGUCACAGUGACCUGUGCACAGGACCUUUGUUUUUAGGGUUAUACCGAGAAGACACAGGAGAUUACCAGUGGGAAUCCUUUAACUCAGCAGACCUGCUUGCAGCUUUUAUUAACGCAAAACUACUGGUGGAUUAUAUGGUCUAUCAUCAUGGAUACUGCUUACUCAAGUGCAGAAAUCAGAAAGGGAGGCUGGUCAAGCAGCUUCUUAUUCUCCCUCCAGUUUUGCGCUCAACAGAAGAAGCCAAGAGGACUGCAACUCCAAAGCAAGUUCGGCUUAACGUCAACAUUUUGCUGCUGGAUUCAGUCUCCAGACACCAUUUCUUUCGCAUUCUUCAGAAAACAGUCGGUACGUUUAGGACAUUAAAUGAAGACGUCUUCAAAACAGGUCGGGUGUUUGAUUUCGAACUGGUUCAGGGAAUCAAAAGCAGGACUUUUGAAUCUCUUCAGGCCCUGUUUGCUGGCAAGGCUUUUGAUUCCGCUGUGCUUCACCUGAAGACGGUGGAUCUCAAUGAAACCCUGGGCAAAUUCAAAGCCUUUGGAUAUGAGACUCUCUAUGUUGAGGAUAUGUGCUGGGAGUGGGAGUGGGGUCUAGUAAAAGAGCAGAGGGCUCUCAAUUUUUCCGCGCCCCAUUCAACAAGGACGAAACUUUUCGUAGAAGCAACCAAAAGGGCUGGAAUUGACAGGACAGAUGUCUCCUACAGCAGCUGUGAAAUACUUCAGGAAAACGGGUUUAAAGAUAUGUUCCAUGGACCUGAUGCCAUUUGCUACAAUGGAAUACAUCAGCAUACUUAUCUCCUUCAGUACAUGGAGUACUUCCUAGCACGUUUCUCCCAUUUGCAAAAGCCUGCAUUUUCUUUUCUUAUCCUGGAUACAGCUCACGAAGACACUGGGAUCAGGCUAAAGCAACUAGAUGAGGACCUGGCAAGACACGUCACCUUUCUGGCUAAUCAGCAAAACACUGUGACCUUCAUUCUCUCAGAUCAUGGCAAUAACUACGGCCGCUUUGUGGCAGCCUCCCGAGAAUCUCAGGUGGAGUUGUUCCAUACUCACCUGUUUGUCAUUGUCCCAGAUCAAGCGGCCAUUCUGUUGGGCAAGGACAAGAUGAGGUCCCUGCUUACCAACCAGCACAGGCUGGUGAGCCUCAUUGACGUCCAUCACACUGUUAAGAGCUUGCUGCCAUCAGCAAGCCACCUCACAGACACCAAAGACCUCAUAUACAAUGUGAACAGGGAUGGGCUGCUGAGCCCUGUUUCAGCCAACAGGACAUGCCAGGACAUCCCUAGAAUUCAGCCCAAUUUGUGUAUUUGCCAAAAUCACUACACACCACAGCUGAAUGACUCCUAUCAUGCCUUGUUUGCAGAGUUUGCUUUGGCUCAAAUGAACCGGCAGAUUUUUCAGGAGCAGCAAAAUUCCAUACAAGCCUGUCAGAGACUGGUAGCUACCAGGUUUGAUGAUGUGAAAGUAGAAGAGGUGUCUGAAAAUGAGGUAAUGGUCAAUCUUGACCUAUAUGUCAGGGCACCAAAGUCUACCGGUCGCACAGAAGAGCAGUUCACAGUGAGCAUUCACUUCAGCAACCAAGAAAACCUUGAGACAAUGUUGUUUUUGGGGUUUGACCGCAUUACAUCCUAUAGUAUUUAUCGGAAGUGUUCAAAUACUGCUGUGGAUCUCAGGCUUUGUAUCUGUGAUCUUCAAGCAGCUGAUUCAAAUGAAUAUCUGAACCAGUCAGUUCUGUGGCAGGACACUACUACCAGUGUAAUUCAUGAACCAUGUCUCUACCUGCUGACACGGAAGUAUCCUUCUGGGGUUGUCUUAGCAAUAAGUAAUGUCUGUUUUGAUGUUCAGUAUAAGGUUGUGUUUGAUUUCCUAACACUUAAUCUGCACUCAUCAACUCGGAUGCCUUUAAUUCUUCAUGUUGAGCCCCAAUCAGAGGAACAUCUUGUGAUUGGAAUUCAAAAGAAUAAGCACAAGCCUUGGAAGUACAAGUAUAGGUUAAAUUAUAACACUUUUACAGUUUAAGUAUGUUUCUAUUUUAUUUUUCUUCUUUUCAGGAACCGUGUGUCUGAUAAGAGAUUUGUUUUCUCUGGGUACAGUUGUAAGUGUUGGUAUUUUAAAAAAAUGAUUGGUUACUGGCCACCUCAUUUAAAUUUUUGUUUUAGGAAAUGUUGUAUUUUUUUAUAUUGUAAUACUUCUUAAUGUUUAUUUUAAUAUUACAUAAUUGAAGUAAAAUGUUUGCAAUUUUAUUUUAAAAAAUGAAAUAAAAUAAGAGUUUUUUUAAACUCUUUUGGUUUUUUUUUUUGCAUACAAGACAGUUAAAAAGCAUGGCUUUUAAACAGAGUUUUCUUUAACCUAGCCUACUCCCAGACUGUGUGAUGGUAUAAAAUUAAUGAUGUCCAUAUUUAUUAGAGCUACUGGAGUGCACCAACCAUGUUGCUGGAAAUUCUCCAGCUAACAAUGAAAAAGGUAGGAACCAUUGAACCAUUUUGGAAGGAUGUCUGAAUAAAUAACACGGCAAACAGAAGUUUGUGUGUUUGUUAUUUUUGUUUCUGUUUAUUUUAAAUCAAUCUGACCCUCUGUUUUUAUCUCUUCAUCUGGUAUUGUCAUAAAAUAUAUUCCUUGUCUAAAGA